CUCCACCCAGUCCUAGGCCGGGAUCGAGUCCCGGAGCUCCUCCCCAGUUUACCCCACAGUAGCCCACUCUUCUCGCUCCAGGCCUGGGAAUCGCCCCGCCCCGGCCUCCUGGCCCGGGUGCACCCUGGCUCACCUCACAAAGCCUCACCUCACAAAGCAGCCCACCCUUUCUAUCUCAGGGCUCCAACCCCAGGCACACUCCAGUUGGGAUCUGAGGGGCCUACAUCGCUGGCCUGAGCAUGUGGGCAUCAGGCUUCUAUUCUGGCUCUGCCAGCUACCGACUGUGACCUUAGUCUAACCUCUCCCUCCUGGGCCUGUUUUCCUAUCUGUCCUGAAGCUCCAUUCCAUGAGUAAGCGUGAGAGCCGCUCAGUUUCCUCCAGCUCUGCUGAAGCCAGCACAGAAGUAGCCCAAACUCUUCCCUCUAAUGACAGCAAAUUUUAGGCAAAGUCUUGAGAAAGAAGAAAUUGGGGCCAGAAAGGGAAGUGAGGAGAAUCAGAUCCCAGACCUUUGGGGAGAAGGAGCAACCCCCUCUGGCACAGCCCAUCAGGGAGAAAGAGCAGGUUGAGAAGAGUCCUAGGCUAACAGCCCCAAACAGGUGGGUGUUGCUCAGCUGCCUGGGGCAUGUGGUUGUAAGGCGGAACCCACAGACCUUGCAGGAAGAAGGCUCUUGGGGCCAUGGCCCAGGUCAGCAUCAACAAUGACUACAGCGAGUGGGGCUUGAGCACGGAUGCCGGGGAGCGGGCCCGGCUGCUGCAGAGUCCCUGUGUGGACACAGCCCCCAAGAGUGAGUGGGAAGCCUCUCCUGGGGAUCCGGACAGAGGCAUCACUUCCACACUUGGGGCCGUCUUCAUUGUCGUCAACGCGUGCCUGGGCGCAGGGUUACUCAACUUCCCAGCAGCCUUCAGCACUGCGGGGGGCGUGGCAGCAGGCAUCGCACUGCAGAUGGGUAUGCUGGUUUUCAUCAUCAGUGGCCUUGUCAUCCUGGCCUACUGCUCCCAGGCCAGCAAUGAGAGGACCUACCAGGAGGUGGUGUGGGCUGUGUGUGGCAAGCUGACAGGUGUGCUGUGUGAGGUGGCCAUCGCUGUCUACACCUUUGGCACCUGCAUUGCCUUCCUAAUCAUCAUUGGCGACCAGCAGGACAAGAUUAUAGCUGUGAUGGCGAAAGAGCCGGAGGGGGCCAGCGGCCCUUGGUACACAGACCGCAAGUUCACCAUCAGCCUCACUGCCUUCCUCUUCAUCCUGCCCCUCUCCAUCCCCAGGGAGAUUGGUUUCCAGAAAUAUGCCAGCUUCCUGAGCGUCGUGGGUACCUGGUACGUCACAGCCAUCGUGAUCAUCAAGUACAUCUGGCCAGAUAAAGAGAUGACCCCAGGGAACAUCCUGACCAGGCCGGCUUCCUGGAUGGCUGUGUUCAAUGCCAUGCCCACCAUCUGCUUCGGAUUUCAGUGCCACGUCAGCAGUGUGCCCGUCUUCAACAGCAUGCGGCAGCCUGAAGUGAAGACUUGGGGUGGAGUGGUGACAGCUGCCAUGGUCAUAGCCCUUGCUGUCUACAUGGGGACAGGCAUCUGUGGCUUCCUGACCUUUGGAGCUGCUGUGGAUCCUGACGUGCUCCUGUCCUAUCCCUCGGAAGACAUGGCUGUGGCCGUUGCCCGAGCCUUCAUCAUCCUGAGCGUGCUCACCUCCUACCCUAUCCUGCACUUCUGUGGGCGGGCUGUGCCUCAUUCAAGCCAAACUCUCCGAGAUGGAAGAGGUCAAACCAGCCAGCUGGUGGGUGCUGGUCAGCUACGGAGUACUCUUGGUCACCCUGGGAGCCUUCAUCUUCGGCCAGACCACAGCCAACGCCAUCUUUGUGGAUCUCUUGGCAUAACCACUGCCUCCCAGGGAACACAAGGCCUUUGCCAUUGGCCGCAGGAACCCAUCUCUUAGAGCUAUGGGGCCAUGCUUAGCCCACGAUCAUUCCAACUGGUGGGAUGACAUCCGGACAUCCUCUUCCAGGGAGUGGGGCAAACUCAGGCCCCACACCUCUGGACAGCUCAAACCCAGUCGCUUUCCUGUUCCCCGGUCCUGGCAGUGCCGUGGAUGGCGGCAGGAAGUCUCACAUCAUAGAGGAACCUUCCUCCUCUCCCAGUUCUCAAUUUCUCCAUGCCUGGAAUCCAUGGGUGAAGAGAAUCGGUAGAUCUCAUAAGAAAGAAUCCAGUCUGACUUCCCUCUGGAGAAUGACUAUGGACAGAAAGCCACCAUCCUCCACAGAGCACCCUGUCCUGAGUAGGGGCUGUGCUCAUUACCCCAGGCCAGUGGUAGCUUCUUCAGGAGUCUGGCCACUUCCAAAGGUAGCACUGAAGUCGUGCAAAUGCAUAGUCAGGUAGAUUCAGACCUUGUCCACACCUUCCUGGGCAACCCCCACCAUGAACCUAUCAGCCUCUUUCCCAUAGCUAAUAGACAUUUCCCAGGCCUUGAGGGGCCCCACCCUGUCUCUUUCAUCAAACCUGAUGGUCCAGGCUGGGCAUCCCUCUCCUCCUCCAUCCCCAGACCUCACCAGGUCUAAUGUUUACAAACGGUGCCAGCCCGGCUCUGAAGCCAAGGGCCAUCCCGUGCCACGGUGCUGUGAGUAUUCCUCCAUUAGCUUUCCCCAUAAGGUUGGGGGUAUCUGCUUUUCUGUCUGAGACGGGCCUCUCUUUUCAGAGGCCCCAGGGUGGGUGAGGGAGAAGGCUGAGAACCUUUCAGACCCUCUGUGUGGGCUGGGCUGGUCAGAAUCAGGGUGUACCUCCCCAACACCUUCUUUUUCAGUGAUGUUUUCUCUUCUCCCUCCCUUUCUUCUGCCUCCUCCCCCGCCAGCCCUAGCGUGACUACCCAGAGACAAAAAAAAAAAAAAAAAGGCAGGACUGGGCACGGUGGCUCGCGCCUGUAAUCCCAGCACUUUGGGAGGCCAAGGCGGGCAGAUGACUUGAGAUCAGGAGUUUGAGACCAGCCUGGCCAACAUGGCAAAACCCCAUCUCUACUAAAAAUACAAAAAAUUAGCCAGGCAUGGUGGCAGGCAUCUGUAAUCCCAGCUACUUGGGAGGCUGAGGCAGCAGAACCGCUUAAACCCAGAGGCAGAGAUUGCAGUGAGCUGAGAUCGUGCCAUUGCACUCCAGCUUGGGCAACAAGAGUGAAACUUCAUCUCAAAAAAACAAAAACAAACAAAAAGGCAGCUAGGUUGUCACUGAUGGGCAGCAUUUGAGCCUGCCACACUGGCCUGGAAGUUUCCCUUCCAGUCUGGAUUUUGUCUGCUCCUUCCUUCCCCCUCACUCCAUCACCUCUUCACCUCCCAUCCCAUUUCACUGUGUAGCUCAGUCUCUCCCACGCACAUAAUUGGGAGCAGUGUGAGCUCUUACCAGCCUCCUGAGCAACGCAUGUCCGUCAGGCCUGGCCUCAGUGGCCAGCCACAUUGAUGUCACACUGGAAUUGUUACCCCACACAGGGUGAAGAGAUAGGCUAUCUCCCCACCUCCCACCCCACUCCCCACUAUAUUCCCGUUUUGACCACCUCAGCCCCUCAGCUGCCCCCUCUCACUUUGGCCAAUCCCAGGCACCAAUCAGACUUCCUCUUCCACCUGGAGCCCCUAGCAUUUCCUUGUCCCCUCUUCCCCAAAACCUCUGUACAGGGUAUGAGAGGGACCCCCUGCCCAGCUGCCCACCACUCAGGGCAGUCUGAUCUAAGAAGCAGAAGCCGGUUGGAGGCUGGCUGGGCUUCUGUCCAGUCCCCAGAUGGAUAACCUGCCUUUUCUCACAUCCCCUCUUGGUGCCUGAUCUUCUCUGCCCCUGGGGCCAGACCCACUGUGCUGUUUUCUGUCAGUCUCUGGCACAGCACCAAGCUCUGCCAGCACCAGUCCCUGACAGGGCUAGGAGGACAAUCUGGUCAGCAGGGCUGCAGUCCCUCAGUGCCAUGUUUCGGGGGUUGAGGGAUGUAAGUGGAGUCAUUGCACAGAGACAGACCAGUCAGAAGGAGCUGGAAUCUGGCCUCUUGUCCUAACCUCAGGAGCCCCCUCCCAUCCUCUCCCCACCCUCCCUGUCGGGGUACUUCACUGUUUCUUUUCUACUUGUGUAUACCCGGGAAAGGGAAGAUGGUUAAUAAAAGGGAUUUGUGCUGCUGA